UUUUUACUACUGCAUGUACUGUAUGUAAGUACAUGCAGCAGUGAGCUAGCUAGGUGCUGUAGCCUAUAGAUUUAGCAAGAGAAGAAGUAAUCCACUGGGCCAUGGCUCACAGGACUCAUACAUCAAAAACUAGGAGCAGCACUUUCAGAGCAAAAAUCCGAGAAGAAUUGAUAUGUGCUAUUUGUCUGGAUUUUCUCAGUGAGCCCAAGGUUCUCAGUUGUGCCCAUUCAUUCUGCCUUGCCUGCUUGAAACAGACCAUACAAAGCAAGUACAAGUAUGGAGCUGGAUCUGAGCUACAGAAAGGCGACCUGGAGUGCCCCAGCUGUCGACAAGUCACAAGACUACCCCCGGGCUCUGUACAGGAGCUCGUUACCAACUAUGCCCUAAAGCGACUCGUUGCUCUUGUUUCCGAACCAGAAAAGAAAACCACAAGAAAACUGUUAUCUUCGAGGAGCCAGUCCUUAAUCCAAGCAAUCAACUGUCCGCAGCAUAUGAGGUCGAUCGAGUUUUUCUGCCAAGACUGCAAUGAGUUGCUUUGUCCAAAAUGCACCAGCUCCACUCAUCGAGGACACAACUUUGAAGACACUGACAAAGUGCUGCCUCAGCAGAUACAAACACUACGGAGCUUAAUCCAACCAGCUUGUGAGGUGGCCACAAGAGCUGAGGGAAUGAUAGAGCAACUUUACAAGGAGAAGGAUAUGAUCUCAAAUAAUACUCAAAGCACAUUUGAAGCAAUCGAGCUAUAUUUCAAGAAGAUCCGAAAAGUUAUCGAGCAACGAGAAUCAGCUCUCAAGUCUACCGUGCAGAAGUACAGUGAUGUCAAAUUGAAUCGACUUGACUCGCACAAUCAAAAACUACAGAAUCACCAUGAUGCCAUUCUAGUGAAAGUUGCAGAACUUGAAAGACUCAUUGAUAGCAACGACUUCUCUACACUCUUCCUUCGGAGACAAGCCAUUAGUGAAGAUCUCGAGGCCAAAGAACAGUCAGUCAUGGCCGUGGGUGAACUACUACAACAGUCAUGUGAUCAAGGCUCCCUGCUGUUUCGAGAGAGUCAGAGUCCGAGUGCCUUCGCUGAGACUGGCAUACUGAAUGAACGUCAACAAAAACCGAAUUCUCCGUUUGUCACACUCCGUAGACUGGUUGUGAGCGAGGAAGAGGACCCUUACCUAGACGUGCCGCUGAGGUUCGAAGAUGAACAGAGCCAACCUCCGCAAAAGCAAGUGAGGGUUGAUGAAACUAAAUCAAGCAUUGAGUACGAGCCAGAGGGGAAACCAAGUAAAUCAAGCAGCCUCUACGACGUCCCUCAACCGUUUCCCAAGUCCUCCCAUCAACAGCUAUCUGUGAAUCCUCAGGUACCUCCGAGGAAAUCUUUAAGGAUUAUUAGAGAACCCUCCCCUCCACAACUGCCCCCUAGACCAAGGUCUCGGAGGGUUACCCCGAACACGGCACGCCCACACAAUAUCACAGGCUGGGACAAUGAGUAUCAGAACUAUCAGCCGAGAUCUCUCCAAUUGGACAGUCCUAAAGCGAAAGCCAUGACGCUCCCUUCCUCUCGUUUUAUACGAUCAAGCUCUACUUCGUCUGUGAAUCCAAUUCUCUCAGACUCCAGUGAUAGUGAGGGCUACGAUGAUCUAGAUGACUUCUGUGGCCCCAAGCCUAAGCCCCGCACCAAGCCACCUCCCAUCCCAUCAAACCAUCCCAACCGUCAUCCUCCUCGCCCAAAACCAAAACCAAAGCCAAGAAAAAUAAGCGAUGCAAACACGGGCCCAAUUUCUUCUAAAAAGCUACAUGUCAGUAAGAAACGCUCCGUCACUCUCCCUGAUGACAUUGUUUACCCUCCCCUGCCUCCAAAAGAAGCACCUACCGUUGUACAACCUGUCAAAAUCAUCGGCAAUGAGAUGUUGUCUUCUAAAUCCAUGCAAGAGACGGUUUAUCCGAACGGAAUCUGCUGUUUUGUCGAGCUGAAUGGGCACUUCGUCGUCACAGACGUCUACAACCACUGCCUCCGUGUGCUUGACAGUAAUGGAGCUUAUCUCGAGACGAUUGGCAAAGAGGGAAGAACAGGAGGACAGUUCAAAGAGCCAUCAGCGAUCGCCAUCGAUUCUGAUAAUAAUUUGUAUGUGACUGAGCGAGACAAUCCUAGAGUUCAAAAGUUCACUUCUAACGGCAAGUACCUGACAAGGUUCGGACAGAAGACUCUUCUUGGCAGUCAGCUGGGUGACCCUAUGGGCAUUGCACUAACCUCCGAUAAUUCCAUACUCAUUUCAGACUGGGACAAGAACGAGAUCAUCAAAAUUUCCAAACUUGGGAAAUUAGAAAAAAUUGGCGAAGAAAACAACUUGCUCAAAUUUCCAGCUGGACUGGCAAUCAAUCAUCUAGGAAACGUACUAGUUACGGAUCGUGGAAAUCACUGUAUUUGGGAGGUCACGAUUCACGGAGACGUGGUCCAGAGGAUAGGCAGCAAAGGAACGCGUCCUGGACAGUUCCUCUUUCCUUAUGGCAUCAUAGUGCUUAGUAACAAAUCGAUUGUGGUCACUGAGAGUGGGAACAAUCGUGUGUCGAUAUUUUCCGAGAAUGGAUCGUUUAUUCGUUGUUUUGGCGAGAAAGGAUCUGAUCCCGGACAGUUUGACCAUCCUAGGCAUCUGUGUGUGGACAAUUGUGGACAUGUCGUAGUUGUAGACCAAAUGAACCAGAGACUACAAAUGUUCAAUGUUAGCUGAGUUUAGUUUAUUUUUUGCUUGGUAGUCUAUGUUUAUAUUAUUUUUAUUUAGCUGCUGUAUUUAAUUGUUGUGAUUAUGGAAUGUACUCUACUUUUAAUUAUACUUGUAUGUGAUG